AUGGAGGGGCCUAUUUUCAGGGACAUAAGGCGAUAUUACUGCGAGUAUUGUGGAAUAUGCAGGUCCAAAAAGUCUCUGAUUGCUUCUCACAUCCUCUCCCACCACAAGGAUGAGAUGGAAAUGUCUAAUGUUGAUGAAGAUCGGGAAGUUGACCGGGAAAAAUCUAAUACUUGCCAAGAGUGUGGUGUCACUUUCAGAAAACCUGCACAUCUCAAGCAGCAUAUGCAAAGUCACUCACUUGAGAGGCCAUACAUAUGUUCAGUGGAUGAUUGUCAUUCCAGCUACAGAAGAAAGGACCACUUGCAUCGCCAUCUCCUUCAGCACCAAGGGAAACUCUUUAAGUGUCCAAUUGAGAACUGCAAUCGUGAAUUUGGUUUCCAAGGUAACAUGACGAGGCAUGUCAAUGAACUUCACAGUGAGGAUUCCCCCUCAACUAGUGGUGGGGCUCAGAAGCAGCAUGUGUGCAAGGAAAUUGGUUGCGGAAAGGUGUUUAGAUUUGCUUCGAGGCUGCGGAAGCAUGAGGAUUCCCAUGUUAAGCUAGACACAGUGGAGGCAUUUUGCUCUGAACCAGGUUGUAUGAAAUACUUUACGAAUGAACAAUGCCUUCGGGCCCAUAUCCAUUCCUGCCACCAACAUACUACCUGUGAGAUAUGCGGGACCAAGCAACUGAGAAACAACAUCAAAAGGCAUCUUCUCACACAUGAAGAUAAACAUUCAAUAGAGAUGAUUAAAUGCGAUUAUAAGGGUUGUCUUCGUGCAUUUACAACUAAGUCCAAUCUCGCUAAACAUGUGAAAGCUGUACACCUAGAACAUAAACCUUUUGUCUGUAGCUUUUCGGGUUGUGGCUUGAGGUUUGCAUACAAGCAUGUGAGAGAUAACCAUGAGAAAACUGGAUGUCAUGUCUAUACUCAGGGGGACUUUGAAGAGGCUGAUGAGCAAUUCCGGUCACGUCCAAGGGGUGGGCGUAAAAGGGAGUGCCCCGACAUACCAAUGCUGGUUCGGAAAAGGGUGACUCCACCAAAUCAAUUGGGCCAAGAGUGCGAGUACAUCUCCUGGUUACACUCACAAGAGGACAACGACGAGCAGUGA